CCUUGAUGACAUAUGUUAAGCUGCUUUAUUAAUAGUGAGUGUGCGAUUCUGAAUAGAUCGAGCAGACCAACAGUUUCCUCUGCAUCAUCUUUUCAUCUGUUUUACAGUAACAUGGAGCAGAUCGGCGAUUACCUCCACAGGUACAAAAACUACAACUUUAUCACCGGCCUUAUAACUGCUGAGUACCUUGAUUCACUCCAGAGCUUUGAAAUUCAAGACAGUGACGUAUUCCUUGUCACUUAUCUAAAGUCUGGCACGACAUGGGCUCAGCAGAUCAUCACCUCCAUCUAUCAGUUAGACAGCGAUCCGCAUGAAUAUUCCAACAACAGGGAGCUGAUGCCAUGGCUGGAGUACAAGACGGAUUACGAAGACUACUCUCUGAGACCCUCUCCACGGCUUUUCGUCUCUCACCUCACCCCAGCUCUCAUGCCUCCCGGGCUUAAGGACAAGAAAGCAAAGGUGAUCUAUCUGAUGAGGAAUCCAAAGGACAACAUCGUUUCCUAUUAUCACUUCAGCAGAUCCUGCAAAUACUUUGAGACUCCUGAGAGCUUGAAUGGCUUUUUUGAGGACUAUUUGACAGGCAACGUUGUAGGAUCAUCCUGGUUUGACCACAUCAGGGAGUGGCAUUCCAACAGAGACCGGCACAACAUCCUCUUCCUGACCUAUGAGGACAUGAUUUUGGACCUGAAAGCAACAGUAAAGAAGAUCUGCAGCUUCUUGGGUAAAAACCUUAGUGAAGCAGCCAUCGAGCAAGUUACAGAAAAAUCUACAUUUAAGACAAUGAAGAAAGACCCAAAAGCCAACUAUGACUUCAUAUUAAAAAGUAACAUGGUCCAUGGAUACUUCAUGCGUAAAGGGCAGAUCGGGGACUGGAAGAACUUCCUCACUGUUGCUCAGAGUGACAGAGUUGACCGACUGCUUCAUGAGAAACUGGGGGAUCUAUCUCUGAAGUUCAUCUGGGAAUAAGCAGAGAAGCCUGAGCCACGUCAAGAUGUUUGUUCUUACUCAUAGAAAAGCUUAAAAUCUAAAAUUGUAAUUGUAAGGAAACUGCUA